GAGGUAUCAGCACUUUUCUUUCAUUGGGGGAAGGCGUGAGGAAAGUACCAAACAGCAGCAGACUUUUAAACUUUAAAUAGACAGGUCUGGGAGCCUGAGCCCUCCUUUUCUUUGACUUCAGCCUCCAAGGAGCCUCACCGCUUUGGCGCGCCGGCUUCGCUUUCAUUAAGCGAAAGAGAAGUGCCCAGACAUGGGUGACUGGAGUGCCUUGGGGAAGCUUCUGGACAAGGUCCAAGCCUACUCCACCGCUGGCGGGAAGGUGUGGCUGUCCGUGCUCUUCAUUUUUAGAAUCCUGCUGCUGGGGACAGCGGUUGAGUCAGCAUGGGGUGAUGAGCAGUCCGCCUUUCGCUGUAACACUCAGCAACCUGGUUGUGAAAAUGUCUGCUACGACAAGUCCUUCCCCAUCUCUCACGUGCGCUUCUGGGUCCUUCAGAUCAUAUUCGUGUCUGUGCCCACGCUCCUGUAUUUGGCUCACGUGUUCUAUGUGAUGAGAAAGGAAGAGAAGCUGAACAAGAAGGAGGAGGAGCUCAAAGUGGCCCAGACGGACGGUGCCAAUGUGGACAUGCACCUGAAGCAGAUUGAAAUCAAGAAGUUCAAGUACGGGAUUGAAGAGCACGGCAAGGUGAAGAUGAGGGGGGGCCUGCUGAGAACCUACAUCAUCAGUAUCCUCUUUAAGUCUGUCUUCGAGGUGGCCUUCCUACUCAUUCAGUGGUACAUCUACGGCUUCAGCCUGAGUGCCGUCUACACCUGCAAAAGAGAUCCCUGCCCCCAUCAGGUGGACUGCUUCCUCUCGCGGCCCACAGAGAAAACCAUCUUCAUCAUCUUCAUGUUGGUGGUGUCCUUGGUGUCUCUCGCUUUGAACAUCAUUGAGCUCUUCUAUGUCUUCUUCAAGGGCGUUAAGGAUCGCGUGAAGGGAAGGAGCGAUCCUUACCACGCCACCACCGGCCCACUGAGCCCCUCAAAAGACUGUGGCUCUCCAAAAUAUGCCUACUUCAAUGGCUGCUCGUCACCAACAGCUCCCCUCUCGCCUAUGUCUCCUCCCGGGUACAAGCUGGUUACCGGUGACAGAAACAAUUCCUCCUGCCGCAAUUACAACAAGCAAGCGAGCGAGCAAAACUGGGCUAAUUACAGCGCGGAGCAAAAUCGAAUGGGCCAGGCCGGCAGCACCAUCUCCAACUCCCACGCCCAGCCUUUUGACUUCCCCGAUGACAACCAGAAUGCCAAAAAAAUGGCUGCUGGACAUGAACUCCAGCCCCUAGCCAUUGUGGACCAGCGCCCUUCCAGCAGAGCCAGCAGCCGCGCCAGCAGCAGACCUCGGCCGGAUGACCUGGAGAUCUAGAUACCGGCAUAAAGACGCCACUCGAUUGUGGAGGAGGAGAGGGGUGCUUACAGAAAGUGUACCUGGGGUGUUCAUUUUGUUCCCAUGGAGGUGGUACUCAACAGCCUCAACUAUGAGGCUUAGAAAAAAAGACAUUAU